AUGGCAUCGAAGCGUAUCCUCAAGGAGCUGAAGGACCUGCAGAAAGACCCCCCCACAUCAUGCAGUGCCGGUCCUGCUGGUGAGGACAUGUUUCAUUGGCAAGCAACAAUUAUGGGACCACCUGACAGUCCCUAUGCUGGCGGUGUUUUCUUAGUGAACAUUCAUUUCCCGCCGGAUUACCCCUUCAAACCUCCAAAGGUUUCUUUCAAGACAAAGGUCUUCCAUCCUAAUAUCAACAGCAAUGGAAGUAUAUGCCUUGACAUUCUCAAAGAGCAGUGGAGCCCUGCUUUGACAAUUUCUAAGGUCCUGCUCUCCAUCUGUUCCCUGCUGACUGACCCCAACCCGGACGACCCUCUUGUCCCUGAGAUUGCCCACAUGUACAAGACGGACCGGCCGAAAUACGAGUCAACAGCCCGCAGCUGGACGCAGAAAUAUGCGAUGGGCUGA